GAUGGCACCUGUAGCAAUGACUGUUCCACCUUCCAUGUCUAUGGCUGUUCAUCAAAAAUCACCUAUAAAAAAGCAUCCAAUGCCAGCAGUACCUUAUAAAAGACCUGAACUUCAGCCACAAGAACCAAAAGGACCUCCAGUAACUGUUUUUGUUGGAAAUAUAACAGAAAGAGCUUCUGAUAGUCUUAUACGUCAGCUUCUUCAGGUAAAUUUUAUUAAGUAUAUAACUAAUAGUGAUGGGAUGAUGAUAAAAUUUCUCCUGAUUCUGAUUCCUGAACUUCAGCCACAAGAACCAAAAGGACCUCCAGUAACUGUUUUUGUUGGAAAUAUAACAGAAAGAGCUUCUGAUAGUCUUAUACGUCAGCUUCUUCAGAUAAUUUUCUUUUACUCAACGAACUAUCGCAUCACGUCAUGUAGGAUUGCCAUCUUGGAAAAUGCUUUAUUGGCUGAUGCAAUGACCAAGGGGGAGGUAAAUGAGAAGAUGUACUUUUUCACGCUUCUUGCAAUGAGCAUGUCUUCCUUUGGGUUUUGUGAAUAUGGUGACCCAGAAUCUGGACUUCGAGCCAUUCGAUUGCUUCAUGAUUGGCAGAUUGGUGAUAAAAAACUAGUGGUAAAAGUAGAUGCUAAAACAAAAGAAAAGUUAGAUGAAUAUAAAGCAACAAAGUGGGCUAAUCAAAAAGAUGAAAAUGAAGAAAAGAAAGAGGAUGAUAAAGAGAAGGAUAAAAGUAAAGAUGCUACUAAAAGUGAUGAUGUAGAUGAAACUACAAAAAAUGAAGAUGAAGAAAUUAAAAAUGCAAUUAAUGAGAUUAUUCAAGAACAUUCUUUAGAAUUAUCAAGGCCUGUUGAGACAAAAGAAGCUGUUUCUCCUACAGAAAAACAGCGUAAAAUUACAAAAGUACAAGAAGUUCUAAUGAAGAUGAAUCAAGAUGCAGAAAAAGAUCCUAAAAAUGAUUUGGAUGAAAUGGAUCUAGAAGAAGAAAAAAAAAGUCUUAUACACAGAGAAAUAGAUAAAUUUAGAGAUACAUACAAGGUUGGAAUAAAUAUUUCGUCUAAGAGAGCUGAAGAAGAAAAGGAGAAAGAGCGAGAACGAAAAGAACGUGACAAUAGAAGCAAAGAUAGAAAUAGAGAUCGUGAUAGUAAAGACAGAGAUAGAAAAAGCACAAGUAGACGUGAAAGAACACCUUUACGUGACAGAGAUCAUGAUCGGAUUCGUGACAGAGAAAGAGAACAUGAGAGAUCUCCAUUAGAACGUAAUCGUGUCAAGGACAGAGCCGAACGUCUUGCUACUCGAUCUCGUUCCAGAUCUAGAGAUAGAGCUUGGUCUCAAGAAAGAGAAAGGUCUAGAGAAAGGUCACGAGAUAAAGAUGUAGACAAAGAUAGAGAAGAUGAAGAGGAUGCUUAUGAACGUAAAAAAUUGGAGAGAAAAUUAAGAGAAAAGGAAGCUGCUUAUCAAGAGGUAUUGAUUUAUUUUUCAUGUCAUUUGAAAAAUAUCUUUGCUGAUUUUAUGAUUCCUGUUGAUAUCCGUAAUAUAAAUGUAAAGUUUUUUCCUCUUUUAACUUUAAAUUUAUUUCUACUUAUUUUACAGAGAGCUGAAGAAGAAAAGGAGAAAGAGCGAGAACGAAAAGAACGUGACAAUAGAAGCAAAGAUAGAAAUAGAGAUCGUGAUAGUAAAGACAGAGAUAGAAAAAGCACAAGUAGACGUGAAAGAACACCUUUACGUGACAGAGAUCAUGAUCGGAUUCGUGACAGAGAAAGAGAACAUGAGAGAUCUCCAUUAGAACGUAAUCGUGUCAAGGACAGAGCCGAACGUCUUGCUACUCGAUCUCGUUCCAGAUCUAGAGAUAGAGCUUGGUCUCAAGAAAGAGAAAGGUCUAGAGAAAGAAUCAUAUUGUUUGCUGAUUUUAUGAUUCCUGUUGAUAUCCGUAAUAUAAAUGUAAAGUUUUUUCCUCUUUUAACUUUAAAUUUAUUUCUACUUAUUUUACAGAGAGCUGAAGAAGAAAAGGAGAAAGAGCGAGAACGAAAAGAACGUGACAAUAGAAGCAAAGAUAGAAAUAGAGAUCGUGAUAGUAAAGACAGAGAUAGAAAAAGCACAAGUAGACGUGAAAGAACACCUUUACGUGACAGAGAUCAUGAUCGGAUUCGUGACAGAGAAAGAGAACAUGAGAGAUCUCCAUUAGAACGUAAUCGUGUCAAGGACAGAGCCGAACGUCUUGCUACUCGAUCUCGUUCCAGAUCUAGAGAUAGAGCUUGGUCUCAAGAAAGAGAAAGGUCUAGAGAAAGGUCACGAGAUAAAGAUGUAGACAAAGAUAGAGAAGAUGAAGAGGAUGCUUAUGAACGUAAAAAAUUGGAGAGAAAAUUAAGAGAAAAGGAAGCUGCUUAUCAAGAGCGAUUAAGAAAUUGGGAAGCAAGAGAACGUAGAAAAGGAAAAGAUUAUGAUAAAGCCAGACAGAAAGAAGAUGAUCAAAAACAAGAAGAGUUGAAAGAAGCAAGAAGAUUAAAAGAAUUUUUAGAAGAUUAUGAUGAUGAACGAGAUGAUCCAAAAUAUUAUAAGGGCAGUGCUUUAGCUAGAAGACUGAAAGAGCGAGAGAAAGAAAUAGAAGCUGAUAAUCAUGAUCGUCGUAAAGAAAAGGAAGAACUUGAAGAAUUAAGAAGACAACUUGUAGAGAAAGGUCAUCCUGAUCCUGAUGGAGAAAUUGAUAGAAUACAUCAAGAAGAACAAGCAAAAUUAUUUCAACCAAAAGUGAAACCUGAACCAUCUGAUUCUGAAGGUGAACAAGAACAUAUCUCAAAAAUGAGGCCAAUUGCCAGUAAAGAAACUGUUCCAGAAGAAGAAACAAAGCCUAUUAAGAGACCAGUAGAAGAUGAAAGUCCACCAAAUAGCCUUUCAGGUUUUUCAGAUGUGAUUACAACACAAGAAGAAUCCAAACCAUUAGGAUUUGGUGUUUUAAGAUUAGGAAGUAGUCCUACACAGCUAUCUAGAAGUCCAUCUACAAACAAUACUACAAAUAGUAGUAACAACAAUAAUAGCACCAAUAAUACAAACACUAGUAGUAAUGUCAAUGAUAAUAGUAUUAAUAAUGGUAGUAGUAAUGGUGGUAGUACUAGUAAUUCCAAUAACAAUAAUCAAAGUGGACAAAAGAAAAAAAUGACUCUACAGGAAGUAUUUAAUGAUGAUGAUUCUAGUGAACAAAGGAAGAAGAGAAAAUUGAUUCCUUUAGAUGAUGUUCAAGAAGAAUCAAAGACAUCAAGUGGAUCUCAACAAAUGUCUACAGAAGAAAAACGAAAACACAUAAAGAAUCUUAUUGAUAAAAUUCCUACAGAUAAAGAAAAACUGUUUGCAUUUAAUUUAGAUUGGUCUCUGGUUGAUAAGUCCCUAAUGGAAAGGAAAAUAAAACCAUGGAUUAAUAAGAAAAUUGUAGAAUAUAUAGGAGAAGAAGAGCCAACAUUAGUUGAAUUUAUUUGUUCAAAAGUAUUGGCUGGUAGUGCUGCACAAAGUAUUCUAGAUGAUGUUUCCAUGGUAUUAGACGAAGAAGCUGAAGUUUUCGUUGUAAAAAUGUGGAGGUUAUUAAUUUAUGAAAUCGAAUCCAAAAAGUUGGGAUUGAUGAGAUAACAUGCAGAUUACUCCGAAACUGUACUGUAUAUCUCUUAAUAUUUGAAGUCAAUACCAGCAUGUAUAGAACAUUUAUGAUUGCUGGAUUGUGUUAAACUUUUUAUUCCUGUUGUUUGCAAUGCUGUAAAACAGAUGUGAAAAAAUUUUGUAAAUUUUUGUCACUGUCUCCCUCUGUUGGAAAUUUAAGUUUUGUUUUGUUCUGUUUUUUUUUUUUAAUUCCAAUCUUAUGAAAAUAAAAUUAAAGAAAUGAAAAUGUA